AUGAUGGUAGCUGUCGAUUUAAGGCCGUACUCCAUCGUAGAGAACGAGGGCUUUAGAGAGCUUUUGAAAAUUCUGGAGCCUCGAUACUCUAUAAUAUCGAGAAAGGAACUGACGAAUAAUGUUAUUCCUGAACUUUUUUCUGAUUUAAAAGAAAAAAUUAAAAAAUCGUUGGAGUCGUCGGAAAGUCGGGUGAACUUUACAACGGACAUGUGGAAGUGCGAAGGCCAGAAUCGAGAAUACAUGACGGUUACCGCUCACUGGGCUGUUGAAAAUGGCGAGCAAAAGCGCUUCGAGAUGAAGAAUGCUCUUUUAGAGGUAGAGGAGUUUACGGACAGCGCGCACGCAUACAACAUCAGAAAAUCGGUAAGUAUCUUAAGUCGCUUAAAAUUUAUAUAUAAUAAUUUGAAGUAGGCCUACCAUAUGUUUUAAUUAUCUUUCGAAUUCUAAAUUUAGUUGCGAUUGGUGUGUGAGAAGUGGAUAAGUGGGGAGGUACCUAAAUUUCAUGUUGGUGUGUCUGACAACGCUUCCAAUGUGACACUUGCCCUUAAAAGUGAGACGGUCCUCGAGGCGCCAGAAGAGCUUCGUGCCCGGGCAAUGGUUGAGCUCGAGCCCGAAGAGUCGGAUGAUGAUGAAGAAGAUCUCUUCCCACCACUAGCAGCCAUGCAUGAAAGAUCGGCGGGAUGUUUCGCACACUUGCUUAACCUUAUAGUCGAAGUAAAUACUAAAUAAAUUUCCUUCUGUACUGCACUUGCACAAGUUAUCAUUGUUAAACGAAUUGUUAAACAAUGCUUUGUCCGCCGUAUGGUCCGUAUUAUGUUUUGCCUUACGAGGUUUACCUUUCAUAUAAGCAAUAAGCCAACAUAGUUUAUGAUAUUGUUAUUAUUGUAUAGGAUGCACUUAAACCAGAUGUUCAGCGUGCUGUUACCGAUGCAAAAACUCACUGCGAACAAAUUGUUACAAAAACAAAGUAAGUAUGAAUUAUGAAAACAAAAUCAUGUUUCUCAUUGACAUUGUUCCAACGGUUGUUACUGACGGUUCACAUUUCCGUGUGGCAUCGUCAAUUCUGACAUUUUAUUUCUUCAACAUAUAGACAAUCGAUGCCAGUUGCUCGAGCGUUCAGGGAGGCUCAAGAUGCAAUGCCUUGUGAAAAGGGUAAGACGCCCGGUGCCCUUGUUAAAAAUGUAUCAACCCGCUGGAACUCAUCACUGGCCAUGUUCAGGUAAAUCGUAACUGAUUUCCAGCAUUCGUGGAUUUGACCAACUUAUUUAUUAGCAUCCGAAUAGCUGUGACCUAAUUGAGCUUAUUAUAGCUUUGUAACGUAACAAUGUACCUUUUGUUGUUGCAGAUCUUUUGUAAAAAACAAAGCAGCUCUUGUGAUAUUUCUGCGCCGAUUUUGUGAGUUGAGUCUUCCUCUGUUACCAGCGUCUUUGGGAACUCGAAGCAACUUCUGGAACAUUUUGGAAGGACUUGUCAAAGUUCUCACCCCCUUUGAAGAUGCAACCCUUCAAGUUAGUAAGGAUGAGGCAACAUUGUGAGAGUGUAUCCCUUAUGCUCACACAUUGGUAAGUAAUAUAAUUAAAACAAACACUGACUGGCACUAGCACAUUCGGGGCUUCUGGUUGACUGGUUGUUCAGUUUGGUCGUUAUAUUGCUUCUUUCUUCAAUUUUUAUUUUCCCAUACUUUCUAGCUUAGAUCCCUCGAAAAUCUUCAUCACCCGACUGACGAUGAACCACCUGUUACUGGACUGGACUCGUUUAUAACUGUUCUGAAAGAGGGGAUUAACAACCACCUGAUAAACAAUCAAACCCUGACCUUACAAAUUUCUACCUUCCUAAAUCCAAGGUAUACACAUAAGUCGUAUAAUAUGAUACUCGUAUUUUCGUUUUAGACAUUUUUAAACGAAUGUGCCCAAUAUCUAAUCAUUAAAAAUAGGAUCUAGUUGUUAUUCCCCAUCAUGGCAAUAAUGACAAUAUGAUAUUACUUAUUCUCAGCAAAUAAACUUGCUGAACGUGCCGUUAGCCCGUUACCUAAAAACAUGAUGAGUGACUUGAGUUUGUUUUAUACAUUUUUCUGUUACAGAUUCAAACUACUUCUUAUUGAUGAGGUUGAUCGAGAUGCCGUCCGUGAGGCUGUGUUUAGGAGUUUGUUCAAUAGCAACGCGAGAGCGUCAGGUGUUGGAGGUGCCGCGACUGAAGGUGAACCUCCAGAGGUUCAUACGUCACACAAAGGGUCACUGCUGACAACACUGACGAAUAUUGUGAGUGAACGCAUGACCAUGGGGAGUGGAGGUGUAGCUACUGAACGGCAACCGUUCCUGAGUGCAGAGCAAGAACUUACUGCCUACCUGUCGGAGCCAGUUAUACCAGUCAGAUCCCCAGACGGCAAAAUCAAUUCUCAGGAUUUACUGGAUUAUUGGUAUCGCCACAAAAACGAAUGGCCUGCUUUGACACACUUGGCUCUAUCGUAUCUCUCAUGUCCACUGUCCUCUGUAACUUCUGAGCGUGUCUUUUCGUUGACCGGGAACAUUGUGACAAAGAAACGUUGCGCGCUUCUUCCAGGCAACAUUGGUCGCUUAGCUAACAUUUAUUAA